AUGGAAGAAGCGACACCGUCGAAGAAAGCCCGUCUUGACAAGAUGAAUACUGUCAUCACCAAAAGAGGUAUGUUUUAUUAAAUGAUUAUUUUGGUUUUAGAUGGCCGUAAAGAGAAUUUUGAUGCAAAGAAGUUGGAGAAGUCUUUGGAAAGGUUGACCGAUGGACUUGAUUUACGCUUUGUCAAUCCGGUAAGUUUAGGGGUCAAGUCUUUCGCAACAGUUGACCCAAAUUUUAUCAAGUGCAAUAAGUUUUUUUGUGGCGAAGGAGGUCUUUUUUACUUUUGAUAACUAGCAAAUUAAUUUUAUUUAUUAGUUUCAGAAAAACUAUGUUGUUUUAAUGAAAAUCAGCAUGUGUGUAUAAUUUUUAUACCUAAAAUAUUAUAAAUUUUGUAAAAUCUUUCCAAUUUCAGGAAAAAAUCGCGGAAUGUAUCGCUCACUCGAUUCCGGAGCAAAUGAACACCACAGACUUGGCCAACCAUGUGGCCAACACGAUCUCCAGCUUGUGUAUCGAACACUCGGAUCACAAUCUGCUGGCCGGCCGUGUUGCUGCUGCCAGUAUGCACAAAACGACACAUGAGAAGUUCUCGGAUGUUGUGGAGAUACUCUAUAAUGCCAAGCAUCCAGUUACUGGGAAGGAUAGGCCAUUGAUUGCUGAAGAUGUGUACAAAGUUGUUCAAGAGCACAAAGAGGUACUUGGUUUUAAACUUUUCAUUGUUUCAUUGAAGUUUAGAUAAAUUAAGGUGGUUUUUAAUGUGGAAUAGAGCUGUUAGAGGAUAAUAAAGCAAUUGAUGUCAGAGGGAAAAAUUUAGGGACUAACCUAUGUUUUUGAUGAAUUUGAUGUUGAACUAGAUGUCUAGUGUAAUAUCGAAAAAUGAUUAUAGUGUACCGCUGACUGGUCUUAAUCUUAUUUUUUUAAAUAAUUCAAACUCGCUUUUAGAGAUUGGAUAGUGCCAUUGUUCAUCACAGGGACUUCAAUUAUGCUUAUUUUGGAUUUCGCACUCUGGUGGAUUCCGGAUACCUUCUGCAAUUGGAUGGCAAAACAAUCGAAAGACCUCAACAUAUGAUAAUGAGAGUGGCUCUGGGGAUCCACAAGGACGAUGUAGACGCCGCGUUGGAGGUAAGGUCAAAAUUUGUGGCUUCUUUAUAUUGUAGUAUGUCAGAUGUAGAAAAUUUUGAUUUUUUAUGUUUGUUUCGACCAAUUUGUAAGGUAAUAGGGAUAAAAAAGGGGUAAUAAGAGUUCGAAAAUAUUUGUGGAUUUUUUCAGACAUACGAUUACAUGUCCAAAGGGUUGUUUACCCACGCCACGCCGACUUUGUUCAACGCCGGAACACCCCAUCCUCAGAUGUCGUCAUGCUUCCUGGUGUCUAUCCCAGAAGACUCUAUGGAAGCGAUUUUUGCGACUUUGCACAAAUGCGCGAACAUAAUCAAGUAUUCGGGAGGAAUCGGCGUCAACAUUCAUGGAAUUCGAGCCAAAAAUUCGUUGAUCGCUGGGGCCAAUGGAUAUUCAAAGGGGAUUUUACCGAUGUUGAAGUGAGUUGAGGGGAAUUUUGGGGAUUUUAGAGGCUAAUUAGAAGUGAAUGUGGAGGAUUUUUUACACAAAAAAUUAUUUUUUUAUGUUAUCCGUGACUUCCAGACUCUUCAAUGGAACGGCAUCGUUUGCCAAUGUCGGAGGCAAGCGCCCCAGCUCGAUUGCGAUUUAUUUGGAGCCCUGGCACCCCGAUGUGUUCGACUUUGUCCAAUUAAAAGUUAACACUGGCGAGGAAAGCAUGAGAAUCAGAGAUUUGUUUUAUGCUCUUUGGGUCCCCGAUUUGUUCAUGAAAAGAGUCAAAGAAGAUAAAAUGUGGUCUCUGAUGUGCCCCUUGGACUGUCCUGGCCUUGACGAAGUCUAUGGCAAGGAAUUUGAGAAGUUGUAUACCAGGUGAGGAUGCAAUUUUGCAAAAAUGGAAAGCAAUUUUGCGAAAAUCGGGGUUUUUUCUUUCUUUUUUGAAUUUUCGAUUGGAAAAUCGUUUUGAUUGGGUCGAAAGAGGUGUUUUAAGAGUAAAUUAAAGCUUUUUGAAGCACUUCAGGGGCAUUGGUGCUCUAUCUAGACUUAUCGGACAUUAUUUUAGUUCAAGCUUUGACAUUAGUCACCUAGUACAAUAUAAUUUUUUUUUAUUUUUUUCAGUUAUGAAGACCAAAAUCGCUACCGAAGACAAGUAAAAGCUCGUGAUCUCUGGCGCGCCAUAACAAAUGCUCAGUCAGAAUCCGGAGUGCCAUAUCUGGUCUACAAAGACGCAUGCAACGAAAAGUCGAACCAGAAAAAUCUCGGAACAAUUAAGUCCUCGAAUUUGUGCACGGAAAUCAUCGAAUACAGCAACAAAGACGAGAUUGCGGUCUGUAACUUGGCCUCCUUGGCUUUGCCCAAGUUCGUUUCUGGCAAUGGAUAUGACUUUGAGGGAUUGAAAGAGGCCGCCAAGGUAGUCACCAAAAAUUUGAAUAAGAUCAUCGAUGGGAAUUUCUAUCCAGUUCCGGAUGCCAAACGUUCCAAUUUGAGGCAUCGGCCCAUUGGACUUGGAGUUCAAGGUCGGUCCACUUUUUUGUUUGGGAUUUUUUGAGAAGUUAGGGCGCAGGUCGCGAACUUAAAAAAUGGUCGUAAAUCGAGAUUUUUUUGUUUUGACAAGGAAAGUGCUUCUAUGAGGUAUGAAGUUACAGGUCAAUACAUAUCAAAAAAAUCGCAAAAUUUUUCUGGUUCAGAAUAUGUAAAAAUUAGCUGCCUAAUUUUAGUUUGUAAAAGCGAAAAAAUCCUCUGAACUUUUUUCGCACACCACGUAAAUGCCUUUUUUUCCAAGUUUAUACCAAAUCAAAAGCUUUGUUUUGAGCUAAAGUGAACCCUAGCAUCUUGACAAGCCUUAAAAUACCAAAUUUGAUUAAUAAUUUGAUCAAAUUUGAUUAACCUUAAUUAAUAGUUCUGUUAUAAAAAAGAGGAGUUUACGUGGUGUUGCGGGAAAAGUUCUGAGGAUUUUUUCACCCUGACAAACCAAAAUUAUGCAGCUAACUUUUACACUUUCUGAAUCAGAAAAAUUUUACGAUGUUUUUGAUAUAUGACUCGACCUGUAACUCCAUACCCCACAGAAGUAUUUUCCUCGUGAGAAGGUUAGGGCGCAGGUCGCGAACUUAAAAAUGGUCGAAAAUCAAGAUUUUUUUUGUAUGUUUUGAGUAAACUAGGACCAGAAAGACAAUUUGGAUAAUUUUAGGAUUCUUGAAAUAAUGUAAAUUUUGUAGUGGAACCAAGUUUUGAAGAAGUAUUUUUUAGAAUUUCAAGUAUUUUGAAAUGGAUAUAAACUUCAAUUUCAGGCCUUGCCGACGUCUUCCAACUUCUCCGUCACCCAUUCACCUCCGAGGAAGCCCGACGUUUGAAUGUUCAGAUUUUCGAGACCAUUUACUACGGAGCCGUGGAAGCGUCGACUGAAUUGGCCGUCGUCCAUGGACCAUAUGAGACGUACAACGAAAAUGGUGGCUGUCCAGCCGCUCAGGGACAACUCUCGUACGAUUUGUGGAAUGCAACUCCGACUGAUCUGUGGGAUUGGAAUGAGCUGAAGAAGAAGGUCGCUCAACGUGGCCUGAGAAACUCGUUGUUUGUGGCUCCAAUGCCAACUGCUUCGACUGCUCAGAUCUUGGGUGGGUUGAGGAAAAAGUUUUUGUGAUUUUGCUUGUUGAAUUUUGUGUAGGAAAUAGGGCUAAUUUUGGCGGGAAAACCUUAAGUUUGAAUGUUUAUCUCGUGAAAUUGAUAUAAGAUGUAUGCUGGCUAAUUUAAAGUCUUCUUGAUUUCAUUUUAUAGCCAUUUUAACCAUUUUGGGAGCUUGAAACAGAAUGCCAACUUUUGCCGGAUUAAAAAAAAAAAUUUUUUGCAAAGAUUUCAUUGAAAAUGUUGUUUUAGGCAAUAACGAGUCCUUUGAGCCCUUUACUUCCAACUGCUACACCCGCAGAGUCACCAAAGGCGACUUCCAAGUUGUGAACCCCCAUUUAUGCAAGCACCUGUGCGAACUUGGACUCUGGACCCACGAAACACGCACUCACUUGGCUGCCACUGGAAGCCUCAGAAAUGCGGAUGUGCCGGAAGAACUGAAAGAGUUGUACAAGACGGUCUGGGAGAUCAAACAAACGGCGCUGGUGGAAAUGGCCGCUCAAAGAGCGCCGUUCAUUGAUCAAAGUCAGAGUUUGAACCUCUAUGUGGAAUCGCCGAACUAUCCGAAGCUUACUACGCUUCACUUCAAGUCUUGGGAAUUGGUAAGGAAGAAUUUUUUUGGUGUUUGAGGGAUACUCUGGGAUUGUUAGAGGAAGGUAGGGCGCAGGUUGGGGUAAAUUGUUGGGUUUGAGUUAGAGAGAAUAAAAAUAGUUUAUGUUUCCAGAACUGUGAAAUGAGAACACUCUAGGAUCAGAAGAGUCUGGUUAUGAGAUUUAAAAAAAAAAAAAUUUUUUGCUGGUCCUAGCCUAUGUUGCAACUUAUGCUAGGGCGCAGCUUACAGAAUCAAAAAAGUAAACAAUUUUGAAAUAAAAUUUAUUGAUUGUGGCGUAUUUCAGGGCCUCAAGACUGGAAUGUACUAUCUUCGCUCCAAACCAUCAGUGGAUCCCGUCAAAUUCACCCUGGAUCGCACCGUUCUCAGAGCCGUCAAGGAUAACAAAACCAGCGGCGAAAAGAAGAACACUCUGGUUGGGAAUAAAGAUGGAAGGAUCCAAGUGGACCCUCAAAUCAAUGAUGAAAAUGAACCCUGCCUCAGUUGUCAAUAA